GCCGGGUUAGGCCGUGGUUGCCGGCCUGCGGGCGGAGAGACCCCGGACGGGGAGGCCUGGGUCCCUAGGUCCCUGGAAUUGGGGACUUGGUGCUCUCGUGGGGACAGCCCCCUGGGGAGAGCGGAUUCCCGGAUCCCGCACGCACUUGUACUGAGAGAUCUGGGCCGUCCAGGGUCCUGUGUUCACAGGGGCGGUCCUAGAACCGCCCCGCGCUUCCCCCCACGACCGAGGCUCCGAGGGCAAGCUGUCCAGAAGGGAGAACCCGCGUCCAGCGAUGCCCUUCCUGGAAUGGAGGGCUCCGUCAGUCAGAGCUUUGGGGCCUAGGGUCUGACCUCACAGGGUCCCACAGUGGGGUGCAGGGGUACCUUAGCACCUCCAGUCGCUGGGAUGGAGAGUCUGGAGGCGGGCCACAGUGGCUAGAGAUCCCUCUGCAUCCAUGGGGUGCCCAGGGCAGCGCCUGGGGUACGGGAACUGCCGUUUCCUUGGAGAACCUCCGAGGAGUCAGGCCUGUGCUGAGCAGCAAGGUGGGAGCUCGUUGCCUCACCAGCUCUCCACCGGGUCUCUCAGGCACCCAAAAAGAAGGGGAAGAAAGGGAAAGGCAAAGGCACCCCGAUCAUUGACGGGCUCGCUCCGGAGGACAUGAGCAAGGAGCAGGUGGAGGAGCACGUCAGCCGCAUCCGGGAGGAGCUGGACCGUGAGCGGGAGGAGCGCAAUUACUUCCAGCUGGAGCGGGACAAGAUCCACACGUUCUGGGAGAUCACGCGGAGGCAGCUGGAGGAGAAGAAGGCUGAGCUGCGGAACAAAGACCGGGAGAUGGAGGAGGCCGAGGAGAGGCACCAGGUGGAGAUCAAGGUCUACAAGCAGAAGGUGAAGCACCUGCUAUACGAGCAUCAGAACAACCUGACGGAGAUGAAGGCUGAGGGCACCGUGGUCAUGAAGCUGGCCCAGAAGGAGCACCGCACGCAGGAGGGCGCGCUGCGCAAGGACAUGCGGGCGCUGAAGGCGGAGCUCAAGGAGCAGGAGCUGGCCAGCGAGGUGGUGGUGAAGAACCUGCGGCUGAAACACACUGAGGAGGUCACUAGAAUGCGGAACGACUUUGAAAGGCAAGUGCGAGAAAUCGAGGCCAAGUACGACAAGAAGAUGAAGAUGCUUCGGGAUGAGCUUGACCUGCGGAGAAAGACCGAGAUCCACGAGGUGGAGGAGAGGAAGAACGGCCAGAUCAACAUGCUUAUGCAGCGGCACGAGGAGGCAUUCACCGACAUCAAGAACUACUACAACGACAUCACGCUCAACAACCUGGCCCUCAUCAAUUCCCUCAAGGAGCAGAUGGAGGACAUGCGGAAGAAGGAGGACCACCUGGAGAAGGAGAUGAUGGAGGUGUCCAUGCAGAACCGGCGCCUGGCAGACCCCUUGCAGAAGGCUCGGGAGGAGAUGAACGAGAUGCAGAAGAGGCUCGGGAACCAUGAGAGGGACAAGCAGAUCCUGGUGUGCACAAAAGCACGUUUGAAAGUCACGGAGAAGGAGCUCAAGGCCCUGCAGUGGGAGCACGAGGUGCUGGAGCAGCGGUUCGUCCAGGUGCAGCAGGAGCGGGACGAGCUGUACCGCAGGUUCACCGCGGCCGUCCUGGAGGUGCAGCAGAAGGCCGGCUUCAAGAACCUGGUCCUGGAGCGCAAGCUGCAGGCGCUGAGCACCGCCGUGGAGAGGAAGGAGGUGCAGUUCAGCGAGGUGCUGGCAGCCUCCAACCUGGACCCCACGGCCCUGACGCUCGUGUCCCGCAAGCUGGAGGUAGGCCGCACGCGGCUCCUGGGGAGGGCUGGGCCGCGCCCCAUGCUGCUGCCCCCAGCACGUGGUCUGGACUCUGGUCGGGGCCCCUUGUCUUGCUUCUGUGAUCUCUGUGCAGAUCCUCAGCCGUGGGGAGCAUCUCCCAGGCCUGGGCUACCAGGCCCCCACCCUCUCACUGGCUUUUCUCUUAUCUGAGGUCACCCUAGCCCC